AUGCCCUUCCCUCAGGACCGCCUGGACCUCCCUCUCGACGCCCUCAUCGCUGAAUCCAAGCAACAACGCCUUCACAACAGCCACGCUCACCAGCCACGAGGGCAUAACGGUCAUUUCGACGGUGGAGGCUCCACCUCAGGCCCCUCUCGUCGGCCGAUGAACCGCAACGCCUACAGAACGGCGCCGUAUCCCACUCUGCCGGAAAUGCAUGGACAGCCUGGACCCAGAAGGCUUGAGAUGCCAUUGGCUUUGAGCCAAGCGAUGAACAGAGAGGUAAGCACCAAGCUUUAUAUAUCUAACUUGGACUAUGAUGUUACCAAUCGAGAUAUAGAGUUGCUCUUCUCUGAGGUUGGUGAAUUGGAAAGGCACUCAAUCCAUUAUGAUAAAAGUGGAAGAUCUAAGGGAACAGCUGAAGUUGUCUAUAAGCACCAUUCAGAUGCUCUAGCAGCAAUCGAGAGAUACAACAAUCAAUAUCUUGAUGGAAAGAAAGUGGAAAUUAAGCUUGUGGGACUCAAUGUUGUUUCUCCUGUUCCUCUGCUUUUGCCUCCAAAUACAAAUUUCAUGCAAGAACAUCCAACUCCCGUCUUCCAGAGGCUAGGAAGAGCUGGUUCAAGGGGAUCGUUUCAUGGUCAUGGUCGUGUUGGACUUGAAAGAGGCUGUGGACAGGUGAGAAUUGGUGGUCCGAAGGUUACUACAGAAUCUCAGCAAUGGAAGAAUGUGACUGCAGAAAAUCAGCAAAGGAAGAAUGUGAUUACAGAAUCUGUUAAAAGGAAGAAAACAUUUUAUGGAGAUACAACUGUGACUUUUGAUGAUCUGGAUGCUGAUUUGGAAAAAUACCGCCUAAAAUGUAGGCCGGUAAACUGA